AUGCUGGAUCUUUUAAAGAGCCUACUUACUCUACGAUGGUCCGAUAGAGUUCAGAACGGACGCACCCAUCAAGAAGCCACAGAAGACACAAUUAUUCACCUUUCACUAACUGGACAGGCUAACGAUUUCCACCAGAGCAUUCAAAUCCUCCGAGAAGAUGGUCUACUGGGUACAGAUCGCAACAUUUACUAUGCAGGUCCACGAACUAUUGGGAUUGAAGCUGCCCCUUCCGGACAAGGGAUCACUACUAAUUUGACCAGGGAGGAAGUCUUUCAACUUCCACAUACACGAAUGCUGGAUGCUACUUUGGAUGCUCGGGAUCUUGCUCGGUAUGUUCAGCUUUCUACUGUUACUUCUGCUGCUGGAGCUUAUGAGAGAUUGGCAAGGAUGGUAGAUCCGGAAACUUUGAAUCCGGCGCAUUUUAGAGUUCAUAUUGCGCUUCCUCCGUCGGAUAUCCAGUACGGGAAUCCUACUGAUGCUGCGACUUUUGCCUCGUUGCCUCGGCAGACGUUAUUGUUCUUCCUUGUGCCCAUUGGUUUUGUGCGCAUGUGCUACUUCGUGGUUGGGGGAUAA